CUAUGAUGAGGGAAUUCACGUAUUUAUACAAUAGGUAAGAAAAUAAAUACUCAGAGAGUACUAUAUAAGGAAUUAUGAAAAUAACAAAUAUGGACAAGGAAGUAACUAAGGGAAAUCGCACUAUGGGUCUCCAAUAAGAAAUACUAGUAAAGGCCUAGAUAUUACUAAUAGACUUGCAGUUGACAAAAAUAUGAAAAUAUUUUGAAUGGACGAAAAAGUGACAAAAACACAGAAUUAAAUGCUCGGCCCUUACAUUCCCCACCGACCUAGCCUCUCUCAUCGUAACUCACCUUCUUCUUCUUCAAUCAAUAAACGGUGAUGCCCAACCCGAGACGGACAAACAUUAGCGAUUAGAGCACGAGAGACGAUAGCGACAAACUCCAGUCGGCGCCACCCCAUCGCCCUGCCGCUCCAUCGUAACUCUUCUUGUUCUCACUCUCCUUCGCCGUUACUUGUCCUACCCACCGCCGCCAUCACUGUAACUGAGGAUCUAGGCUUCGUCAUCGAUGGAAGCACCACCCUGUUCCGUUCGACAUACAGUUCGUGUCUCUGACUCUCCGUCCAGAUCUCUGCUCCGCCUCUCCGUAUAGGUUGCCCUUCAAUCACCAUCGUCGCACUCGAGCAGAUUGGCAUUGACGAGUUGACCGAAUUUCUGGACGGCGAGCGACAGCGGUGAAAAGAUCGGUGUUUAAGGAUGACAGAGAUCUGCGAUUUGGUGUUCGUUAAAGCUCAGAUGGGGGCGGCGCAGGUGAGCCGGAGGCUAUGCUUACAGGCGGUGGUGCGGUUGGAGGUUUGGGUUGGAAGCUGUGGCUGAGGUGUGAGGCUGGGAUCGGAUCUGGGAGUUCGAAGCUGGGGUGGGCCGGCGGGCAGAGCUUGGGGUGGGCUAGGGUUAGUGUGUGGGACAGGGGUAGGGGCUGGCGGGGCAAAGAAUGCAGUGUCACUAUUUUCCUGUGUGGCCCGAUAAUACAUGUAACUGGAGGCGGCGUAACUGGCGGUGGUGUCUCUGCAGCGGUGUCACUGACGGUGAUUGUGGCGGUGUCACUGAUGGUGAUUGUGGCGGUCUCACUGGGUUAGUGACCUGAGUUGGCGGAGGUCACUGACUAGUGACCGGAGCUGGAGCGAAGUCAAUGGUUAGUGACGGGGAAGUCACUCUGUUAGUGACUGGUGUAGACGGCGGGGUUACAGGUGCCGGCGAUGGUGACAUCCGAUGUGGUGGGGUGUGAGGCAGUGGUGCUGGGGUUGUUGCAGUGACUACAAAACAUGGACUAAAAGUCAAAUUUUAUAAAAUGAAAAUUACAAUAAUAAAUGUAAUAAUAUUAAGGACUUCGUACAAGGUAUAAAUGACUCUUGGUCACUUUUGUAGAAAAUUUUAAAACGGGUCAUAUGAUUGUCUUUUCUGUUUAUUUUAGUAAUAUUGAUAAAAAAAGGCCCUCAAAUAAUACACA